AUGCCUGGAAGAAUCAUCGAAAGCUACACGCAGGUGCCCGUCACCAAAGAGGACCUCGACUGGGCCCAGCUCAUCACCCUUGACCUGGGCCAGUAUGAUCAGCCGGGCGGCAAGCAGGAGCUGGUGAAGCAGCUCGACCAUGCCGUGCGACAUGUUGGCUUCUUCUACGUGAAGAACUUCAACAUCUCUCAAGAGGAAGUCGACCGACAAUUCGCAUUCGGAAGGGAGUUCUACGGUCUCCCUCUGGAAGAGAAGUUGAAGCACUAUAACGAGAAGGACCUUCAUCGUGGAGAGUAUAAUGGCUACAGACCGCAAGGCCAUCGGAUUCUUGGCAAUGGCAUCAAGGAUAACAUCCAAGUCUACAACAUCCCCAAGUUUGACGGGCACCAUGACCGCAUGCAGCCUCCUGUACUAGAAGGCAACAUCAAGGAGAUCGAGUCAUUUCAAAGGAAAUGCCACGACGAGGUAGUCGUGAAGCUUCUGCGGCUCUUCGCUCUGUUACUCGAGCUGCCUGACGAAGACCAACUAGUCAAAGACCACCAGUACGACGUGAAGGGCGAAGACCAUCUGCGCUACAUGCACUACGCCGCCAGAGGCGCCGAGGAGAACAAGAAGGUCGGCGACCUGUACACCCCGGGCCACACCGAUCUCGGCACCGUCACGCUCCUGUUCCGCCAGCCGGUCUGCGCCCUGCAGAUCCUAAACUCGGAGGGCAACUGGAAGUGGGUCAAGCCACAGGAUGGUACCAUCACGAUCAAUACCUGUGAUGCGCUGACGGCUCUCACGGGCGGUCUGAUCAAGUCGAGCAUCCACCGUGUCCAUGCGCCGCCACAGGACCAGGCGCAUAUCGACCGGCUUGGGGUGCUCUACUUUGCUAGGCCCAACAACCACGUGGUCCUCGACCCGAUCCAGAACAGCCCGUUGUUGAACAGGCUGGGACUCACCACCAAUGCCUUCACCGAAAUUGGCCAACACCUCACCACGGAGCAAUGGGUGAAGGUCCGACAGACCCAGCAGCAGAGGCCUCGCACCACUGCCAAGGUGUCCGCGGAUGGGAAGUACACGUACGAGAAGAAGGAUCUGGAGGUCAUCCCAGGACUUGUAGCACCGAUUUACAAUUAG